AUGUUCCCACAGCUGUCACCUUCUGUGCAAAAGACUGAGAGGUCCCUCUGUUUUCCCAAAAUCAGUCCCAGCCUCUCCAGGGAUGGAGACAUCAUUAUCGGUAGCUUUCUCCCCUUGCAUUCAGAAGAAGUGAGCAAUGUCAGGGGAGCAGAAAGUUUGUCCUUGGUUUUCCACUCUCUGUCCCUUAGGUUGAUGCACAAAAACUACCAGCAGGUCCUGGCCCUGGUAUUUGCUGUGGAGGAGAUCAACAGUGAUCCUAAUCUGUUACCCAAUAUUUCUUCCUUGGGAUUUCACCUGUAUAAUGCCUACCACAGUGAUUCAAGAACCUUGGAGAGCUCCCUGAGAUGGCUUUCUGGUCAGGGCCAGCUUGUCCCUAAUUACAGCUGCAGUGGGCAGGACAAAUCUGUGGCAGUCAUUGGAGGAGCCACAUCAGCUUUAUCUGUCCAGAUGGGGACCCUGCUUGAGCUCUACAAAUUUCCACAGAUCAGCUAUGGGCCUUUUGAUUCCAUCCUGAGUAACAAGGCUCACUUCCCUUCUGUCUUCCAAAUGUCCCAAAGGGACUCAUCCCUGUUCGAUGGUAUUGUCAGAUUAAUAGCAUAUUUUGAAUGGACAUGGAUAGGUCUGGUGACCACAGAUGAUAUGAGAGGUGAGCAAUUCCUCUGGGACUUAAGAGGGGAUAUGGUCAAGCAUGGCAUUUGUCUGGCCUACACUGAGAAGAUCCCAGUCAGUGAAAGAAGACAUACAGAAUCUCAGGAUAUGUUCAUGCAACGUAUCUUACGAUCCUCAGUCAGUGUCAUCAUCGUUCAUGGUGACACAGAUUCACUCAUGAUCCUUAGAUAUUCACAGCCUGUGUUUUUAUUCCUGUGGAAGGUCUGGAUCACCACAUCUCAUUGGGACAUCACCAUGAGACCCCACUGGGAUGAUGGCUAUAGUUUCCAUGGAGCACUUUCAUUUUCCCAGAUGACCAAAGAGAUUCCUGGUUUUAAGCCCUUUCUCAGGACAGUGAACCCUGCUAAAUACCCAGAGGACACUGUACUUAAGAAGUUCUGGUGUUCAGCAUUCAAAGAUCAAGAAAAACUUGAAAAUCAAGUACAAAAUGAGUGCUCACCAAAUGCCUCCUUGGAGACUCUGCCUCUGCGCUUCUUUGACAUGACUAUGUCUGGUCUGAGUUAUACUAUCUAUAAUGCUGUGCACACUGUGGCCAGGGCCCUCCAUGAAAUGCUCCUGGUGACCACAGAGAGAGGAUCUGUAAGAGUUGGAGAACCCUGGGUGCCCCAACCUUGGCAGCUCCACCCUUUUCUGAAGAACACCUGCUUUAACAACAGUGCUGGUGACCAGGUGCUUUUGGAUGCCACAGGAAGUUCUGCAGCCGGUUAUAACAUUUUGAAGUACUUGUUCUUUCAAAAUGGGACUGAAACUCUGGUGAAAGUGGGACAGUUUAUCCCUGGUGCUCCUCUUGGUCAAGAUUUCACCAUUUCUAAGGAGGUCAUAGUGUGGGACUCAUUUGAGUCAAAGAUUAUCCAUGCUGUGUGCAGUAAUAGCUGCGCCCCUGGAUUCAGGAAAGCCCAAAGGGAAGGAGAGCCCAUCUGCUGCUUUGAUUGUUCUCUAUGCCCAGAGGGGGAGAUUUCCAGUCAAAUCAAUAUGAAGCACUGUAUGAAGUGUCCUGAAGAUGAAUAUCCCAAUAAGGAGAGGGAUCGCUGCCUCCCCAAAGCCAUUACCUUCCUGGAUAUCAAAGAACCUCUGGGAAUGACUCUGGCCUGUGUGGCUCUUUUCUUCUCUGUGCUGACAGCUCUGAUUCUCGGGGUGUUUGUGAAAUUCCGAAACAGCCCCAUAGUUAAAGCCAAUAACAGGACCCUCAGCUAUACUCUCCUCAUCUCCCUCACCUUGUGUUUCCUUUGCUCCCUGCUCUUCAUUGGUUAUCCCACUGCAGCCACCUGCCUCCUCCGACAAACAACCUUUGGGCUUGUCUUCACUGUGGCUGUUUCUUCCAUUUUAGCAAAAACCAUUCUGGUUGUUCUGGCCUUCAGGGUUACAAAACCAGGGAGGAGGAGUAAGAGAUGGCUGCAACCUGGAGUGUCAAACUGUAUUGUAGUCCUUUGUUCUGGCAUUCAAGUAAUUCUAUGUGGCAUCUGGCUGGGAAUCUCUCCCCCCUUCCCAGACACAGAUAGAUACUCCCAAUCCAAUCAGAUUAUCAUUGAAUGCAAUGAAGGCUCUGUCCUUGGUUUCUACUGUGUCUUGGGCUACAUGGGCUUCCUAGCCUUGGGGAGCUUCAUGGUGGCUUUCUUGGCUAGGGGCCUGCCUGACACCUUCAAUGAAGCCAAGUUCAUCACCUUCAGCAUGCUGGUGUUCUGCAGUGUGUGGGUCUCCUUCCUGCCCACCUACCAGAGCACCAAGGGCAAAGCCAUGGUGGUGGUGGAGAUCUUCUCCAUCCUGGCCUCCAGUGCUGGUCUACUGUGCUUUAUCUUUAUUCCCAAAUGCUAUGUGAUCUUGCUGAGGCCAAAUGGGAACACUCAAGAAUGUAUAAGGAAUGUCAGAGUGCAAGAGGGGAAAGCAUUAUGUGUGAGGAAUUGA